AUGCUCAUCCCUGUUACAGUCUACGAAAAUCCCCUUCUAACAGCGGACAGCCGUACACUCAUACUGUAUCUCUACGCACUCACGCACAAGUUGUCCUCCCUUGGUGUCCCACGGCUGCGCCUGUCAUCCUUUCUCCCCUUCUUGUCGCACGACCAUCCCAAGCCCUUCCCUCUCUUGCACGUCUGGUGUGAAGUGAUUGAAACAUGCGAAUCUGAGUCCUUUGAUGGUGCUCGCAUGGCGAUGCUUGAGCAGACACUGCAUAUCCUCUUCCUGCCCGAAUGGCACACUUCCACCGGACGGCCAAGCUCGACCAAUAGCCUGGUGCACCACCCAGGAGAUAACACCGGUCUCUCAAGCCCAUUCCAUUUCCAACUGCAUGUCAUCACUCGGCUUCAAUUUAACGAAGGUGGGAGGAUCGCUAUGCAUAGGGACUUUUGGGGUGUGUGUCGUCUUUCUGCUUUGACGCUGAGAGCUAAAGGUGCUAUGAUAGAUGUGAGAGAUCUCACCGAGGCUCUUUUCUCCUUCUCGACCCUUUUUGGAUGGUUCGCUCGCCGUCUUAUCGCGUACAAUCUUAUCGCUUUUGCCUGGAUUUUUUCCUUGGUCCCUUCGUUCCCUCGACGCGCCUCAACUUCUGUGCCUCCUCACUCUUUCUCCCACAGUGCGAUUCCCACACCCCGUGCUCGCACGCGUACUUCCACCUACACCGGCGCUGGAGGAGCCGUGAGCCCUAUCUUGCGUACGACUACGUCAUUCACUAGAGAACAAGAGGGGAUACUUUCUGCUGGUUUGGGACUCAGCUUUGGGGCUGGGGCCCGGAAUAUGCAGGUUGGGGAUGGGGCAGGGCAAGCGCCGGAUACGGAUCGGGAUUCUAUGUCCUGA